AAACAGCCGCGAGAGCAGCGGCCGCAGCGGCCGCCAGCGCGCCUUCCCUGCCCGCGCUCUCGCCUCGCCCUCGCCCUCGCCCUCGGCGCCUCGGCCUGCGCCCGCGCCACAGCCACCGUUCUCUCGGGGCUCCCCGGGCCCGCCGCCCACUCCCCGUCUCCGAGCCCCCCCAACCGUCGCGCUCUCCCUCGGCGCGCGGCCCGCCGCCUGCUUCCGGGGCGGGCGGACUGGGCGCCUGGUGCCGGCGGCCGCAGCGACAGCGCCCCCGGGAAGCAGAGGAGGAAGGAGAGAAGAGGUGGAGGUGGCCGCAGGCUGAGUCGCGGCCGGGAUGUCCGGGCAACCGCCGCCCCCGCCGCCGCCGCCGCAGCAGCAACAACAACAACAGCAGCUGCCGCCGCCGCCGCCGGCGGCCGUGGCCCCGGUCUCCGGAGUCGUCCUGCCAGCGCCCCCGACCGUCAGCGCCGGCUCCUCUCCUGCCGGCUCGCCCGGUGGCGGCGCGGGCGGCGGCGGCGGCUUGGGGGCCGCGGCGGCCGCCCUGCUUCUCCACCCGCCGCCGCCGCCGCCGCCGCCCCCAGCCACCGCGGCCCCGCCGCCGCCCCCGCCGCCCCCGCCGCCCGCCGCGGUCGCCGCCCCCGCCAGCGCACCUCCCGCGCCCCCAGGUCUCGCCGCGGGCCCGGGCUCGGCCGGAGGCGUCCCAGCCCUGGCGGGCAGCAGCGCCGCAGCCCCCUUCCCGCACGGCGACUCGGCCCUGAACGAGCAGGAGAAGGAGCUGCAGCGGCGGCUGAAGCGCCUCUACCCGGCCGUGGACGAGCAGGAGACGCCGCUGCCGCGGUCCUGGAGCCCGAAGGACAAGUUCAGCUACAUCGGCCUGUCUCAGAACAACCUGCGGGUGCACUACAAAGGUCAUGGCAAAACCCCAAAAGAUGCAGCAUCAGUUCGUGCCACACAUCCAAUACCAGCAGCCUGUGGGAUUUAUUAUUUUGAAGUGAAAAUUGUCAGUAAGGGAAGAGAUGGUUACAUGGGAAUCGGUCUUUCUGCUCAAGGUGUGAAUAUGAAUAGACUACCAGGCUGGGAUAAGCAUUCAUAUGGUUAUCAUGGGGACGAUGGACAUUCAUUUUGUUCUUCUGGAACUGGACAACCUUAUGGACCAACUUUUACAACUGGUGAUGUUAUUGGCUGUUGUGUUAACCUUAUCAACAAUACCUGCUUCUACACCAAGAAUGGACAUAGUUUAGGUAUUGCUUUCACUGACCUACCGCCAAAUUUAUAUCCCACUGUUGGGCUCCAGACACCAGGAGAGGUUGUUGAUGCCAAUUUUGGGCAACAUCCUUUUGUGUUUGAUAUAGAAGACUACAUGCGGGAGUGGAGAACCAAAAUACAGGCACAGAUAGACCGGUUUCCUAUUGGAGAUCGAGAAGGAGAAUGGCAGACCAUGAUACAAAAAAUGGUUUCAUCUUAUCUAGUCCACCAUGGGUACUGUGCCACAGCAGAGGCCUUCGCCAGAUCUACAGACCAGACCGUUCUAGAAGAAUUAGCUUCCAUUAAGAACAGACAAAGAAUUCAGAAAUUGGUGUUAGCAGGAAGAAUGGGAGAAGCCAUUGAAACAACACAACAGUUAUACCCAAGUUUACUUGAAAGAAAUCCUAAUCUUCUUUUCACAUUGAAAGUGCGUCAGUUUAUAGAAAUGGUGAAUGGUACAGACAGUGAAGUACGAUGUUUGGGAGGCCGAAGUCCAAAAUCUCAAGACAGUUAUCCUGUUAGUCCUCGACCUUUUAGUAGUCCAAGUAUGAGCCCCAGCCAUGGAAUGAAUAUCCACAAUUUAGCAUCAGGCAAAGGAAGUGCUGCACAUUUUUCUGGUUUUGAAAGUUGUAGUAAUGGUGUAAUAUCAAAUAAAGCACAUCAAUCAUAUUGCCAUAGUAAACACCAGUUAUCUAAUUUGAAUGUACCAGAACUGAACAGUAUAAAUAUGUCAAGGUCACAGCAAGUUAAUAACUUCACCAGUAAUGAUGUAGACAUGGAAACAGAUCACUACUCCAAUGGAGUUGGAGAAACUUCAUCCAAUGGUUUCCUAAAUGGUAGCUCUAAACAUGACCACGAAAUGGAAGAUUGUGACACCGAAAUGGAAGUUGAUUCAAGUCAGUUAAGACGCCAGUUGUGUGGAGGAAGUCAAGCGGCCAUAGAAAGAAUGAUUCACUUUGGAAGAGAGCUACAAGCAAUGAGUGAACAGCUGAGGAGAGAAUGUGGCAAGAAUACAGCAAAUAAAAAAAUGUUGAAGGAUGCAUUUAGUUUACUAGCUUACUCAGAUCCUUGGAACAGCCCUGUUGGUAAUCAACUUGACCCAAUUCAGAGAGAACCUGUGUGCUCGGCCCUUAACAGUGCAAUAUUAGAAACCCACAAUCUGCCAAAGCAACCUCCACUCGCCCUAGCAAUGGGACAGGCCACACAAUGUCUAGGACUGAUGGCUCGAUCAGGAAUUGGAUCCUGUGCAUUUGCCACAGUGGAAGACUACCUACAUUAGCUAUGCAUUUAAGGAGCUCACACUUAUACUGUGGCAUAUAGUCAACAUGGAAGUAGACCAGCUCUGCUGAUUUGAAAUUUAGAUUUUUUUUAAUUAUGUACUGGGGACAGGUUUUUGUCGCUUUACAUUGCUUCCUAGUUUACAGCAUGAUGCAAAUGAUUUUCUAACUUAGUGUUAGGAGAAAUUAUUUUCCAUCUUUAACCUCUUAGUUGUCUAAGAGUUAAAUAUUAACUGAAUCUCAGACGUUCAAAUUUAUCAUCACAAAUUCUUUAAAACAAUUACCUAAAAGAAACCAAAAAAAUCCUGCCUUCUUUGUUGGGGGGAAGAGAGGGGAAGGAAAUGGAACAAGUUGUGUUGUGUUAGCAUGUGGGUGAUGUAAACUUCAAAUUGGGAGACGUUCCGACCCCCACUCCCAUAUAAGCAUUCAAUCAGUGUAACUUGCAAAAUGCAUAAACAUCUGACAGUUUGAAUUUAUAGUGUUGAUGGAAGAAAUCAUUUUUAAUGUGUACUGUAAAACUUGAAAUACUCAGGAGCUGAGUGAAUACGUUUGUUGCUACUUACAAUCCCGACCUGUUAGUCCCAGUAGUUUUGUUUUAACAUGGUCUUUUCAGCUUUGUUUCCUGUUUAACUACCAACGAAUUCUGUUGUAGACUCACAAGUUUAACUUGUAUUAUAACAGUAUUAUAUGUCAACGGUGUGGUUAUGACCUUUAUUUAUAUAAAAACCAAAUAUUUAGUCAAUUUACCGUGUCUUAAUUUAAUCUUUGUACAACUUCCAUUUUUAAGUGCUUAAAUGAGUACUAUAUUGCAAUAAAAAUGUAGUGAUAUAAUUAACCAGCCAUUAAAAAUUUACUUCUACAGA